CGGCUAAGGUACAUGACAUUUUGCUGGAUCCCAUAUUCAUAUUUUAACAAGCGUUUUCUCUGCAUACAUGUCUGCAUUACGAUUGCCAAUAUUGCGUAUAUUUAACGAUAUUUGGACGUUUUUGUUCAUCUCUAAUGUCAUGGCGGACACAAAGCAAAGCGGUGGGGAAAAAAAAUUAUGUGCAAGCAGAAUGAAAAAUCUAACGUAAAAAAAUAAAAUUUGUCUGCAGCCAGUGAAAUGUAAACUAAUGAUGUGUACGAUAACAAUAACAGUGAGACAAUAAUAUAUAUUUUAGUGUAACAAUUAUAAUGCGUACGGCUAGGCGAAGUAAUUAAAAUAUGACGCGAAAAUAUGAUUUCAACUUUGUGCAGGCACCACCAACAAAAUCAGUGUUUGUAAUGUCAGUGGAAAAUUGGCAAUUGCGUACGUUUAUGUAAAUGCAGAGAACGGGGGAUAAAAACAAAUUGCGAUUGCUACCAAAUAAAGAGUUUAUUAUUAACUGUGUAUUAACGAGCGCAUUCCCACUUCUCAGUGUCAGAGAAAUAUUGGGGAAAAAGAGGCGCGAAAAAUUCGCAACAAAAUGGUUGUCUCAAAAGACAACAAGCGUCGCCGUAAGGAAACGGAGACACCGCCAACGUCAUCGUCGGUGGCGGCGGCGGUGACUGUGGCUGUGGAGUCAUCACCCGAGAUGCCUAAAAGAACGAAGGUGCAAGCACAGCGUAAGUUCGCGCAGGGCCAGAGCGCGCCCAGCGCUGCGGGCCCAUUCAGUGCCGCCAGCGUCGCAGCAGCUGCAGCUGCAGCGGCAGCGUCUGGACCAAGCACAUCCACAGAAAGCCACCAGCCGCCAAUUGAGAUAUUGCCGAACAAGUGUCCUAAGCCGCAAGAUUUUUUGACAUUUCUCUGCUUUCGCGGCACCUCUGCGCUUCCAGCCCACUUGGACUAUUUGAAUCAGGGCAAAUCCAAACCAAACGAGCUCCCGCCGAGCAGCGACGCCAGCAACAACAACAACAGCAAGAAAAAGAACAACAGUAGCAGCAGCAGCAGCAGCAAGAAGAAGCGCGGCAGACCUGCCAAAACAGCAACAGCGAAAGCUGCCGUUGAGCAACUGCAGCAGCAGGAGGUGCAGCAGCAGGUGCCGCAGUUGGCGGCGAAUGAAAAAACGGCUAGUGAUAAAAUUGAGGCGGUGACGCCGCUGCCGGCGGCGCCUCUGCUGCUGGCGGGUGCUGUGCGCAAACGCGCCGAGGUGAUAGCCGAGGGCAAUAGACGUGGAGCAAGGCGUCCGGAGACAUUGAAACGUCGUUCGAAUCGCGCCAACAACAGGGAAAAGGAUGAUGAGCACGAGCAUCAAAAACGGGAUAAAGCUGAUGCAGCUGAGCACGGCAAAGAGGAUGAGGGGCAGGAGGAGGAGGAAGACGAUGACGAAUUCUUUUCGGCGCACGAUGCCAGCUCACGCAAUGGCGGCGGCGACGACACGCUUUCCAAGUCGGAAACAACGCACUCGAAUGCCAAGCGCGGACGCAGCCAAGCGGCGAGCAGAAAGGCAGCUGCAUCUCAUUCACCAGCUGCCACGGACCACAGCGCAGGCAAGGAUAAGGAAAAGGGGCCGGUGAAGCGUGUGCGGCAACGUGAAUCGCCCAUAUUUAUACCAUCACCCGAAUCUUCCGGUCGCAUGACACGACAACGUGCUUUUUUUGAGCCCGUCAAGGUGCCGCCCAAGCAGGAGCCGCAGGACAAGGAGCAGCAGGACAAGAAGAAGGAGAAGGAACUGCAGGAGCAGAAGAAAGCAGCCCCAACGACAGAGUCCAAGAAACAACAGCCCGAGAUCAGCAAGGAGAAAACGAACUCCAGCAUUUAUGCCAAAGACGCGGCCAAGCAGCAGCUCGAAAAUGGAGGCACAGCCACAGCUGCGGCAGCUGCUGAACAGCAGAAGGGUCUCAAUGUGUUCGACUUCAGCUCCGACGAUGAGCAGCCGCUGGCCAAGGCCAUUAAGCUGAAAAAGGGUGGCAAAAAGGGCGGGACUGCGGGAGCAGGAGCAGCAGCAGCAGCCACAACAAGCGCACGUGGACGCAAAUCAGCUGGGGGAUCGGCAAAAAAGCAGCAACGGGAAGAAGAGAAGGCAGCGACGUCUGCCGCGGCCAGCAAAGCAGAGGAACUGCCCAAAGCAAGGCGCGGCAAAGCGCUGAAAAAGAAAGCCGAGCAGCCGGGCGACGACGAAGAUGACGAUGACGACGAAGAGCCGGAACCGGAGCCAGAGUCAACGCCGCCGUCGCAAAAAAAGCAGGCCAACAACAAUUCGCGUCCAGUGCGUCGCCAGGCGCAGGCCAAAGCCCAAAAAGCCAACGAGCGAUCGGCCAGUCCCAGUCCGCAGCGUAGUCAGCGACCGUCCCGCAAAACGAAGGAGGCGGCGGCCAUCUACAUGGGCAUCAUUGGGCACAAGCUGCAGCUGGCCGAUGACGAGGAGGAUGAUCUCUCGCUGAGCAGCUUUCCGGACAUACCCAAUGUCAAGCAAAUGGAGAAAAUGGAAAAGGAGAUGAAGAAAAAUGCGACGGGCAAAACGAGCGAGGCUUCCGCCUCAAAAAAGUCGAACAAACCAACAGCAGCAGCAGCAACAAGUGAAGUAGCAUCUGCAUCUGCCGAGCCGCAGUCGCAGUCAGCGCCUGAGCCGGCAGCGCCGCCAGCCAGACGCGGAAGACCGCCCAAGCAGGCAAAAGGAGGGGGAGCUGGAGCAGGAGCAGGAGCAGCAACGGCGACAGCAGCGGGAAACGUCAAGCCGCAGAUUGAGGGCAUGCUGGUAAAAAAGGGUGCGCUGGCUUUGGCCAAAGCCAAGUCCGAACAGCAAAAAAACCAACAACAACAACAACAACAACAGCCGCAGCAGCAGCAGCAACAAGAAAAAGACGACUCCGAUGCGGAGGAGGAUUUUUUAAUCAACGAGGAGCUAAACGAAACGAAGCGCAAGCUGGAAAAGAGUUUUAGCGAUUCCGAUGAUGAGCCGCUGGCCAUAAAAGUGCCAACAGCAGCGGCCACAGCAGCUGCAGCUGCCGCAGCCGCAGCAACAACAACAACUGCAGCAGAAACAACAACAACAACAGCCGCUGCAACAACAACAACUACUCCAACAACAACAGCAGCAGCUAGUGCAGCAGCAUCGACAGCAGCAGCAACAACUGCGACGACAACAAUUGUCAAGCCACAGCUGAGUGCCACGCUCAGUGCCACGCCUAGUGCCACGCCCAACAACAGCCUGUCGAGCAGCACGCAGCUGACCAUGCUGCCGCUGACCACCAAGCCCAUGCCGUACUCAAUAUCGCCGCCCAGCUAUGCGUCCGCCGCAGCCACAUUGAAGGCCAUGGAAAAGAAGUCGCCGGUACCCACAUCGAAGAUACUCAAUGUGCCCGCCACGUAUGCGCUGCCAGGCGCCGGAGUUGGAGUUGGCGCUGGCGUUGGCGCUGUGGGCUUUGCCAAGACCUCGUCCUAUUUGCCGCAAGCAUCGCCGCACUAUCACACGCCCUAUGUCCGGCCGCCCACGUUUAGUGCCGUCGCUGCAGCGGCUGCUGCGGCAGCUGUGGGCAACAAGACGCCGCAGCAACCGCAGCAGCAGCAGGCGAAUUCAACGCUGGCCACAGCAGCGGGCACAGGUUCGUCUCCGCUGAAAUAUCAAACGCCGCCCACCACCUAUCCGCCGCCGAUCGAAGCCUAUCAGUGUCCCAAAAUAAAUCCCAAUUUCUUAACGCCCAAAUACGAGCGCAGCAGCGUCUUGCCGCGCGCCAACAACAUCAACAUCAACAACAGUUGCAACAGCAGCAACAGCGCCGCGGGCAACAGCAAUGUGCUGGGCAACAACAGCUUUACGACGCCGACAACGGCGCGUGGCACGCUCAACAGCCUGGCGACGCCCGUAGCAGCUGCUCCAAAACCUGUGGCAGUUAGUCAAAGUCAAAGUCUAAAUCUCAGUCUGACUGCAACACCGACGGCUGUGGCAUCCACAUCAGCAGCAGCAGCUGCUGCCGCCGCGCAGCAACAACAGCAGCAGCAGGUGUCGCCAACCACGCCCACAGCAACACCUGUAACUCAGCCCAGCAGCAGCAGCAACAAUAACAAUAACAGCAGCAGCAACAACAACAACAGCAGCAACAACAACAACAAUAACAAUAACAACAAUAAUGCAGAUCCGCUUAAGGAUGAAAUUGGCAGCAUCUUGGCGCAGGCAACGCUCAUGCCCAGCAAAGAGGAGUCGGGCAAGAUCUUUGGCAUAGCCAGCGUUAGUUUGGCGCAGAGUUCCGGCCCGGACAACACCAAGUGCACGCUGGGCAAAUGCGGUUCUAUACACAAACCGGUGCUGGGUCCCGUGGUGCCCACCGAGGGCUACUUUGGCGAUCAGCUGUCCAGCAAGGAGCGGCGCAAGGCCAAGGUGAACAUGACGCACGAGCAGAUACAAAAGUGGCUCAUCGAGUGUAGCUCGAAUCCGGACGAGAUCCAGGAUGAUCUGGACGAUGACUAUGAUGACAGCCUGCGUCCGCAGCAGGCGCAAACGCCGCCAGGUCCCACGCGCGACGACAAGGAGAGCACCAGCUUUAGCAGCUCCUCCAAGAACACGCGCGGCGAGCUCGGCAAAAGCGAGAGCGCCUGGUCGGCCAAAGGUCCAUCGCUGAAGGCCACCCCGGUGCUGGUCAGCACGGCAGCAGCAGCCGCAACAGCUGCCUGCAAUCGCAAGGAGACGGAAACGGAGCCGGAAACGCUGGACUUUGACAAGUGCGUAACGCCCGUGAAUCUGACGCAGAAAACGCAGCUGGAAUCAGCUGCUAGCGAGAAGAAGCCCAGCGAGAAGAAGCUCAAGAAUGCGGCCAACAAUAGCGUCAAGGCGGCGGCAGCAACAGCUGCUGCGGGCAGCAAACGCAGCUCCGCGGCGGCGACUCCAACGCCCAGCGCAACGCCCACACCGCCUCCGCCGCCGAGCAAACAGAAGGCGGCCAGCAAGAAGCAGGCAAAUGCCGCUGCAGCUGCAGCUGCAUCAAAGCUUUCCACGCCGCCGCCCACCAACAGCAGCAGCAGCAACAACACGCCAGCAACAGGACCGACAACGCCGGUCAAACGCACGCCCGUCUAUCAGAGCCAGACAAGGGACAAGGGCAAAGCCCAGGCGCAGGCGGACAACAAGCAGCAGUCGGGGAAAACGGCCGAAAAGACUUCGGUGUAUGCUUUUGGCAAGGAUGAGGAGGCAGCUGCAACUGUUGCGGGCAAGGCGACAAAUCGGCGUCGCAACGCGGACAACGAAACAGCGGCGCCGCCGCCGGCGCUCAGCGAGCGUUCGCCCACAAAGAAACGCGCCGCGGCAGCAGCGGCUGCGACGGCGGUUCAACUGACGCUCAGUCCCACGGAUAAGCUGGAGAAGCCCAAGGCAGCAGCCGCAGCAGCGCGCAAAAAGCAGCAGCAGCAGCAACAACAACAACAGGCAACAGCAGCUGCUGCAGCAGCGGCAGCCACAGCUGCCAGCGCUGGCGGAGAUUCGGACGCAGAGGGCGCCACCUUCUAUAUACCGCUGCUGCAAGGCGCCAGCGGCGGCGGCGAGGGUGGCAUCCAAGGCGUGGCCGUCAAGCUGGGACGCGAGGGACCCGAUGGGCCAAACCAGAAGGUGGUCAUGCAGGCGACGCUCGUCACGAAGGCGCAAAUGGACAGCAACUCCUCAAAGCCGCUGCCGGACAAUGAACUGGUCAAAACGCUGCUGAAUGCGGCAAAUGAUUCAGCUGCUUCUGCAACCGCCGGCAACAGCCACAAAGCCAGCACCUCAGCAGCCGCAGCAGCAGCUGCGACGGCGGCGACAGCAGCUGGUGGCCUGGUGCGCGUCAAUUCCAACUCUUCGCUCUUCUCGGGCUCAGGGAAGUCGCGAACAGCUGCUGCAGCAGCGGCUGCGAGCAACGCCCUGGCCAAGAAGUACAAAGACGAUACGCCCAUUAAGAUGGCCAAUAAUACGGCAUUCCCGCGACACGAUGAUCCCACGCAAAUGGUCGAGGCGCCCAUAUUUAAGCCCACCGAAAAGGAGUUUGCCGAUCCCAUCGAGUUCAUCGAACGUAUCACGCCCAUUGCAGCCAGAUUUGGCAUCUGCAAGAUCAUACCGCCGGCCAGCUUCAAGCCUGAGUGCCGCAUCUCGGACGAGAUGCGCUUCACGGCAUACAACCAGUACGUGCAUAAGAUGCUGCAUCGCUGGGGACCCAGUGCCAAGGAGCUGAGUGCCAUUAAAAAGUAUUUGGCCACGCAGAGCAUUGUGAUGAAUCAUGCACCAUGGAUUGGCGGCAUGGAGGUGGAUCUGCCGCGUCUGUAUCACACGGUGCAGGAGCUCGGCGGCCUCAAAGAGGUCAUCGAGAAGAAGAAGUGGGCGCGCGUGGCCGAAGAGAUGUGCAUACCGAAACUAGCACAGGAUCGGGUGACCAAACUGGAUGACAUCUACUGCAAGUAUUUGUUGCCCUACGAUACUCUCUCCCCGGCGGAAAGACAGAAGCUCUUUGACGAGGUCGAAGCCGAUUGGGCCAAGCGUGAGGCACGCGCACGUCGCAAUGCGGAUCGUUUUGUGAAUAGCACCGAGAGCGUUUCGAACGAGGAGGAUGAUGUGUCGACGGACGAGGAUGAGGAGUCCGAGGAGGAGAUCGAUGGCGUUUCAAUGGAGUGUAUUGUUAAGGGUCGCAGCAUGGCGCUCAGCCAAUUCUAUCGCAUAGCGCGCAACACAAUGGCCCUCUGGUUCAAGAGCACCGAUCCCACGGUCAACGAGGUGGAGGCGGAAUUCUGGCGUCAUGUUGCCGUGCGCGACAGUCAUGUGUGUGUGCAUUCCGGGUCCAUUGAUAGCUCCGGCUGGGGCUACGGCUUUCCCAGUCCGGGGCCGAAGGGCAAGGGCUCGAAUUAUGCGCGACAUCCCUGGAACCUCAAAGUACUUACCAACAAUGCGGGUUCUGUGCUGCGCUCUCUGGGACCUGUAAUGGGCGUUACGGUGCCUACGCUCCAUGUGGGCAUGCUCUUUUCCGCCUGUUGUUGGUAUCGUGAUCCGCACGGCUUGUCCUGGAUCGAGUAUCUGCAUACGGGCGCCUCCAAGCUAUGGUAUGGCAUACCCGACGAUCAGAGCGCCAAUUUCCGUUCGGCGUUGACCUCACUGAUACCGACGCACUGUCAGAACAAGACAAUCUGGUUGCCCUGUGAUACGGUGAUGGUGCCUCCGCACAUGCUGACCGAUCGCGGCGUUUCCCUGUGCCGCAUCGAGCAGAAGCCGGGCGAGUUUAUUGUUGUCUUUCCGCGCGCCUAUACCUCCAGCCUGGCCACGGGCUAUGUGGUCUCGGAGAGCGUUUAUUUUGCUACCAUGUCGUGGCUGGAUCUGGCAAAGGAUGAUUUCAGGGACAUUCAUGAGAGCUGUGAACCGGCCAUGUUCUCUUUGGAGCAGCUGCUCUUCGCCUUGGGCUAUGAUCAGCGCGUCAAUUCGGACACAUUACAACAGAUGCUGCCCAUGCUAAACGAGGUCUGCGAGAAGGAAUCGGCGGCACGCGAGCAGCUCAGAGCCGCUGGCGUCACAUCCACGGAAAAGGUGCAGGCGGAGAAGGGCCAAAAGGCGAAAAAGCAGCAGCAGCCGCCUCACAAAUCAAUCGAGAGCGAAUGCGAUCUGUGCCGCGCAAAUUUGUAUAUAUCGAUGGUGCGCACCGAGGAGGGCAACGUCUACUGCCUGCAGCAUGCUUUAAAAAAUCUCAACAAUGGUAAUAUUCAGGCCAAGCAAUGCAAACUAAUCUAUGCGUAUAAUGUGGACGACAUACAGCAGCUGAUACGCCAGCUCCAGGAGAAGAUCCAGCACAAGGCGGCCGUCAAGAAAAAGUAGCAGCGUCGGCGUCGCUACUAAACCAGCAGCGCAAUAAAGAUUAAGGAGGCGAUAAACGAUCCAAAACAUUUUAAGCGGCAGCGUUUAAAAAUAUUUGUACAUACAGCUACAUAUGCAUAAAUGUAUUUAUAAAUAUUGUAGUAUAUACAUACAUAUAUAUAUAUAUAUAUAGAUUUGUAGGUUUUUCAGCGUGGCAAUGCUUGCAAUUUGACUAGUUUAUACAGACAUAAAUAUAUAUGCAACGAUUUGUGUGUAUAUAUAUAUAUAAAUAUAUAAAGCAACUAAUAUGUUUAAGUAACGCGUUUGCAAUGAAUUUUGUUUUCCA